UCUAGGUCUACCGUUACCGUCUCCACCGCAGCAUACUCUUCUAGCAUGCAGCUUUCUUCCCCCUUUUUAUUGUGAACAUCCGUUACGUCCAACUUGAUAGUUCAGCAGUCUGUAACUCUCCAACUGGCCAAGUGUCUUUCAUCUUCCUCACCAAAUGAGGAUUUCACUCGUUUCAUGGCUCUUCUUCAUUUCAUUUAUAGCCAUUUUCUUUACCAUUAACGCAGUUUCGGUUUCUGGCCAAUGUCAAAGCGAUCAGCAAGAGUUGCUGCUCGGAUUGAAAAUUGCCCUCAAUUCUACUUUAUCUGUGAAGUUGAUGAAGUGGAAUCAAAGCACGGAUUGCUGUUCUUGGGAUGGUGUAAGCUGCGAUGCAGGUGGUCGUGUUAUCGAACUUGACUUGAGCAACCAAUCAAUUUCCGGAGCAAUUGAGAGUUCAUGUAGUCUUUUCCGUCUUCAGCAUCUCCAGCGACUUAAUUUGGCUUAUAACGAAUUCAUAUCCGCGUUUCCUUCAGAGUUUGAUAAGUUGGCAAAUUUGACUUAUCUUAAUUUGUCAGCUGCGGGCUUUACAGGGCAAAUUCCGAUUGAGAUUUCAUACAUGACAAAGUUGGUUACUCUCGAUUUAUCUACAUUUUGGUUUCUUGAUCUACCAGCGAAACUUGAGAAGCCAAAUCUAGUAAUGCUUGUCCAAAACCUUACAAGGCUGAAAAUUCUCUAUCUUGAUGGCGUAAAUAUAUCAGCCAAUGGAAAUGAGUGGAGCCAGGCUUUAGCAUCUUCGCUGCCUAAUCUGCAAGUGUUGAGCAUGUCCUACUGUUAUCUUUCGGGACCUAUAGAUCCUUCCCUUGCCAAGCUUAAGUCUCUCUCAGUAAUUCGUUUGGACGGUAACAAUUUGUCCGCUCCAUUUCCAAAAUUCUUCGCAGAAUUCCAAACUUUGACUUCCUUGCAUCUCAGCGAAACUGGCUUGAGUGGAAGACUACCAGAAGAAAUCCUCCAGGUACCUACAUUACAGACUCUGGACUUGUCAUUCAACUACUUACUUGAAGGUUCUUUCCCAAAGUUUCCUCCGAAUGCUUCUCUUCAAACACUGGUACUUAGUUACACAAAUUUUGGGGGGGAAUUACUGGAAUCUAUUGGUAACCUUGGGCAAUUGAGAAGAAUAGAGUUGACGAAAUGCAAGUUCAAUGGGCCCAUACCUGAAACAAUAGAAAAACUUAGACAGCUGAUCUAUUUGGAUUUUUCCCAAAAUAAUUUCUCUGGUCCAAUUCCAUCAUUCACAUCAUUAAGAAACCUUUCAGAGCUACACCUUGCUGACAAUCAGUUAACUGGCUCUAUCCUUUCCACUAACUGGUCAAGCCUUUUGAAUCUUGUAACUCUUGACUUACGAAACAACUCUUUUAGUGGAGCUGUCUCACCAACUUUAUUUCGGAGUCCAUCCUUAAAGAGAGUCGACCUUUCAAAAAAUCAGUUCACUGGUGGAUUCAGUGAGGUCAGCUGUGAGUUUUCUUUAGAACUUAAAGUACUUGAUCUAAGUCACAAUAAGUUACAAGGGCCAUUUCCGAUGUCGGUAUUUGAAAUCCAAGGUCUCACAUUCCUGUCACUUUCAUGGAACAACUUCAGUGGAUUAAUACCAUUGACUGCCUUUCAGAAACUGAGGGAACUCUCCUUUCUUGAUCUUUCAUAUAACAACUUCUUUGUUGACUCAAGUGCUUCAGUGCCUUACUUCACCAACAUUACCAGAUUAAAGUUGGCUUCUUGCAACUUAACGAAAUUCCCUGAUUUCGUGAAAAAUCAGUUCAAGUUAACCCACCUAGACCUUUCAAACAACCAGAUUUAUGGGGAAAUACCCAAUUGGAUUUGGAAACCGAAUCUUCAAUACCUAAAUCUUUCUCUAAACUUUCUUGUAGAAUUUAAAGGACCUUUGCAUAUACCUUCAUAUUUGAUUGUUGUUGACUUUCGUGGCAACCAGCUUCAAGGGCAAAUCCCAAUUUUUCCACCACAGGCCAUUUAUUUGGAUUACUCAAAUAACAAUUUCAGCUCUGUUUUACCACCUGAGAUUGGUAACUACCUCCAAUUUGCUACUUUCUUCUCCAUCUCAGGUAAUAACUUUCACGGAAGUAUCCCCACAUCGAUAUGCAACAAUUCAUAUCUUCAAGUACUUGAUUUGUCUAAUAAUUCCCUGAGUGGGCCAAUUCCGGAAUGUCUGAUUCAGAUGAGUGUAUCUCUUGGAGUACUGAAUCUAAGGCGAAACAAUCUCAGUGGCAUCAUUUCAGACACAUUUUCAAAAAUCUGUACAUUACAAACUCUAGAUCUCAAUCGGAACCUAAUUGGUGGGAAGGUUCCAAAAUCUUUGGCCAAUUGCAGAAUGCUGGAGGUUUUAGACAUUGGGAACAAUCAAAUCAAUGACACAUUUCCUUGCCAUUUGAAGGAUACAUCCAGGUUGCGUGCUCUGGUUUUACGAUCCAACAAAUUUAACGGAGAUAUUUAUUGCCAAGGGAACAACAUCACUUGGCCAAUGCUCCAAAUUAUUGACUUAGCUUCCAACUAUUUUAGUGGUAAACUGCCACAAGCAUACUUGAGGACCUGGAAUGCUAUGAAGGCAAACGAAGAUGGACCCCAUUUAAAACACCUCCGAUUUGAAGUCUUCCAGUUCGAUGAAUUGUCUUUUCAGGAUGUACUAACAGUUACCAUCAAAGGUCAAGAGAUGGAGCUGGUGAAAAUCCUAACUAUCUUCACCUCCAUUGACUUUUCUUGCAACAAAUUUGAAGGGCCAAUACCACAAGUCAUCGGAGAAUUCAAAGCACUUCACGUACUUAAUUUGUCAAGUAAUUUGCUCACAGGCACAAUCCCAUCAUUUUUAGGAGACUUGCUAACGCUUGAGUCCUUAGACCUCUCAAGCAACCACCUAACUGGUCAGCUCCCUUCGCAGCUAGCAAACUUAAAUUUCCUAUCAUUCCUCAAUGUGUCAAACAAUAAAUUGGUGGGAAGGAUCCCAAAAGGUACCCAGCUUCAGUCGUUUUCAGAUGCUUCAUUUGAAAACAAUGGGGGAUUAUGUGGACCUCCUUUAGAGGCAAAAUGUCAAUCUUCACCAACUUUUAAAGAUAGCCCUUCACAUUCUGGGACUGGGAGACAUAUCGAUUGGAAUCUGAUAAGUGUUGAGACAGGGUUUUUCUUUGGUUUCGGAAUUGUCAUUGCACCUCUCAUCUUUUGGAAGAGAUGGAGGAUAUGGUAUUAUAAGCACAUUGAUCGUGCUCUUUUUAGGCUUUUCCCUCGGCUGGUUCUCAAAAACAGAAAUCACGGAAGGAGAGCUCAUCGGAGUCGGGGAAGAAGGCUCCAGCAACAAUGAAAAGGAGCAAGGAAUAAGUGAAAGGAUUUUUAGAUACUUCCUUCGUUGUAUUUUCCUGUUUUUGGUUUUUGUUUCAACCGUAAGUUGUUUGUGCUUCUUCCCUUUCCAACCUUUUUUUUCAGUCCUUGUAACAGGUUUAUCCUAGCUCUUUUGAAUAAAAACAAAUUAAAUUAUA